AUGGACAAAAUGAGAAAAUAAGAUGAAGAAGUAGAAAAAAGAUUUGAAUAAGAAAUGAACAAAGAUGAUGAUGAUGAUGUAUAAAAAAAAAAAGAUGAAGAAACAGAUGGGGAAGAAAUUGAUGAUGUUGACGUAUGCAUAUAUCUUAAUUAUAAUUAUUAAACUCCAACAGACAAAAUGCUAGCAAAAUUAUAUACUAUAAAAUGCAAACUAUUUAAUAGAAAAUAAUUUAGAUAUAAAUAUUACGAAAUGUAUUAAACUAUACAUAAUUAUUAAUUGGAUAUGGAAGGAAGAAGUUAAAAUUUGCCGAUUCUUUAUAAUAGAGCUGAAGAAUAUAUAGAAAAAGAAUUAGAAUACUUCGAAUAUAUGACAGUGUGGGAAUUGAAAGAACAUUUUAUAAAUGAAGAAUUAAAAGAAAAAAUAAAUUAUAAAAGAAUUCCUUUCUUAUAAGAUGAUAAAUAAAUGAAAUUUGAUAUUGAGUAAAUGAAAUCAUUGUAUAAAUUAAACUAUGAAGAUUUACCGGCCACAAUAUAAACUGAUAGUCCUUAUUACCAUGAUGAUUAGCCAGAUUAUUAUCGUGAUUUAUUUACUGAAGCUUUUAGGAAAUACUCAAAUAUUGUUUCUUUGGGUAAGCAUAGGCAUUAGGCUGAAUUUAAAUAUUUGAAACCUUGCACAAAAAUGUUUGAUAAAUUUGCCCUUAGACAUGAUAGUAUUUGUGAAAAACGAGAAUGGGAUGAAAUUAUUGGGGAAGAAAGGCUUUUUUCUAGACCUCCGUAUUUUACUAAAAGUUAAAAAGAAUAUUUUUAUCCUUAUGAAUUAUCUUGGUUUUGGGAUUGGGAUGAUUGGAAAAAAGAAUUUAAUUAUAAUCUUUAAAAAAAAAUAACUCCGAUUUACAAUCUAUUUGGUUUAAGAAUGAAACCGGGAUAAAGCAAAAAAUGGGUGAUUUUAGAUUUGGGUAUUUUCGAAUAAUCUGUUGCAUAAGAAGAAAGUUUGAAAAGAUAAGUAAAGGAAGUUAAAUAAACUUACGAUGAGAGUGUUAAGACAAGCUUUAAAUCAGUCAUUAGUAAUAUUAACUUUUUAAAGGAAAACACAAGUAAAGAUGAUAAUAUUUAAAAAUCGAUUGAAAUUAUAAGAAAAUUUGAUCCUGAGUUUACUGUUAAUGAUAUUGAUACUUCAAUUAUUUCAGUAUUUACUAGAGCUUACGAAGCACAUUUAGGUAACGACUUCAUUGUUAUUGAUAAAACUUGUACAGGAGAAGCAUCUGGAUAUUUUAAAUCUGUUUAGAAUGUUUGGGCAUAAUAAAAAAUAAAACCAAAAUAUACUAAAAUAUGGGAUAUUACUAAAUCUAAUAUUGAAAAAUGUGAAAUUAGUUAAAUGGGAUAACCUACUUUUUAUGUUACAAUUCAUUGUCAGAAUCAUCAUUGCUAUGUAGAUUAAUAAAAAAAAAAUAUAAUUAAAGAAGGUUCUCUUGAUGGGGUAAUGCGUAACGGAUAUAAAGUAAUAGCUAUGUUCGAUGCUAAUGCAACUGAACCUGAAUAUUAUUGGAAAUUAAUUAGUAUUUAGCCGAUAGAAAAAACUUUACUUUUGGCAUGA